GGCGGCCGGGAGGGUGUGGGGGGAUCCUGUGCUGGUGGCGGACGGUUCUGCCAAAGAAGCGUGUGUCUGCGUGGCAGUGCCGUUACUCAGCAGCGAGCUGCCGUCCUGCCCCGCAGCCCCAGCUCCGCGCCUCGUUGCCCUCCUCACCCCACGCGCGGGUUUUGCCUUCCCUCAGGGACGUGGCUGCUGUACCUGCCGUGCACCUGGAGCAUCGCCUUGGCGGCCGAGCCGGGCUGCCUCCCGGACUGGCACAUGCUGUCCCUGUUCGGCAUCGGAGCGGUGCUUAUGCGCGGGGCCGGCUGCACGAUCAAUGACAUGUGGGAUCGUGACUAUGACAAAAAGGUGGUGAGGACAGCAAGUAGGCCCCUGGCAGCUGGGGAGAUCUCCACUUUUCAGUCCUUCGUUUUUCUUGGGGGACAGCUUAGCUUGGCGCUUUGUGUGCUUCUGUGUCUGAAUUAUUAUAGUAUCAUUCUGGGAGCAGCCUCUUUGUCUCUUGUGAUCACCUACCCUCUGAUGAAGAGAAUAACAUAUUGGCCACAGUUAGUUUUGGGACUUACAUUUAAUUGGGGAGCCCUUCUUGGCUGGUCUGCCAUCAGAGGGUCAUGUGAGUGGUCUGUGUGUUUGCCCUUGUACUUUGCUGGAGUAAUGUGGACACUGGUAUACGAUACCAUUUACGCACAUCAGGAUAAGAGGGAUGAUGUCAUUAUCGGUGUGAAGUCAACAGCGUUACAGUUCAAGGAGGAUACGAAGCAGUGGCUCAGUGGCUUCAGCCUUGCAAUGCUUCUGAGUUUGUGCAUGGCAGGAAUGAAUUGUAACCAGAUGUUCCCGUAUUACUCAGCUGUGGCUGCCGUAGGGGCUCACCUAGCGCACCAGAUUUAUACUUUGGACAUAGACAAACCUGAAGACUGUUGGAAGAAAUUUGCUUCAAAUCGUACUGUAGGAGUUCUGCUGUUCACAGGGAUUGUGCUUGGAAAUCUGUGGAAACAAAAAGACCCUAAAAAUAUAGAAGAGCCUUUAGAAAACAAGUAGUUGAAAAUACUAUAAAUACUGAUAUUUUAGUCCAGCUAAAAUUAAGUUCUGUAAGAAGGAAAGCACUUUUAACAUAACUAUAGCUGCUUUACACUGUUUAU